UUUCAGGAUGAUGAGGUUUGUAAAGUUUAUGCUAAUCUUUAUUGUACUGCUUUGUGAGAUGGCUAGCAGCGAAGCUGGUUUGGCUCAUGACUUUGGCGAAUUUAUAGGCAACACUGGGUGCUACUGGGCCUGCAUAGGGAAGGGCUGGGGUGGAGGAAGCAACAAUGCACGUGGUACCUGCGUAUGCCACAGCUGAUGGAAACAAACUUUCUGUUUUUUCUUUGACAAAGAGCAAA